GGCGCUUCCCGGCAGCUUGAGGGUUGCCAUGGCGACCGCGGCCUAGCGGCCUGCUUGUUACCCUUCGGCCACGGCAUAAAGGAAGCUCGCGGCGAGCGGGGCAGGAGGAGGAGGGAGGUCGCCCCGCUCUGGCACUGGGCGGCCUUCACAGUCCCCGGGAAGAAGUCGAACUCAGGAGCCGCCUUCAUUCUGAGCGCACAGCCGCAUUAAAAACGACGACGGGAGAGAAAAGGUCAUAGAAUCAGAACCCUUAUUGCUUACCUUUGGAUGAUGAGUGUGUAGGUUUCUGGUUUAGGCCAAGUGGUUUCUCAUCAAAUGGAGGAAAAGUGGACUUCCUCAGAAACUGAUGGUGCUGGUGGUGAUAAUGCAGAAACCAAAAGGAGAGGUGAUUCUGAUUCUGGUUCAUCAAGUCGCAUCUGCCAGGCUCUUGACAAGCUUGAAUCUAAUUCUACAAUCUCUCUGGAUCUGAGUAGAAAAGAUCUACAGCAUCUAACGGAUGACAUAUACAAGUUACUUAACCUUAGACAUUUGCAUCUGGAAGGAAAUGUCCUGUCCGUAGUUCCUGAGGAUUUCUUUCAGAAUGUGCCAAACCUUGUUUGGCUUGAUCUGCGUUACAACAAAAUUCAAGAGCUUCCCCCUGGAAUUGGAUGCCACAAGCAGUUGAAAACGCUGCUGUUAGAAAGAAAUCCUAUUAAAAGAUUGCCUGUUGAGCUUGGUAACAUAAGUUCACUUACAGCUUUGAAUCUCAGGCAUUGUCCCCUAGAAUUUCCUCCUCUUGAGGUGAUACAGAAGGGCCUGCCAGCCAUUCUAUCCUUCCUUCAAAGGAUGAGCAGUGAGAACCUUGACUAUAGAGAACCUGUUACUCCAGAUUUGCCUUCUCCACUAGAAGAAGAAGCAAAGGCCAUUGUUAGAGAAUAUAAAAGAAAAUGCGACAGACCACCAGAUCGCAGGAAAGCUUUCAACGAUUUGUGGAGACAGAUGAGCUGCCUUAAAAUUCCUCCUGUUGAAAAGUUAAACUUGACAGACUUCACGAAAUCCAGUUUGGAUUUGUCAGACGGAUGGCCUAAUGAAGAGGAAAUGGUACGGUUUCAGAGGCUAAGAAACGAACUUAUACAAGAUGAAAGAGAGGAGUACCUGGAUAACAAAAUGGUACCCAAUGAAUCCAUGCCUUCGUUAAGAAGACCAAAGACUAAAGAGAAGCUCUCUCGUAAAUCAUCCAUGUUUUCAUGCAGGACUUUGGCAAGAGGCAAGAAGACCCUGUUCCCUGCAGUUUCAUCAUACGAUGUGCUCAUUCAGAGUAAGAAGGUAGAGCAGUGCCGAUUGGCAGCGCUAAAGGACAUGAAGGAGAAACAAGCUUUAAUCGAACAGCGGAGAAAAGAUAAAGAAGUGCUUCAGAAAUGGAGGAGACGGAGCAGGAUGAUGAAAGAGAAGAAUAGCGUAUCGUACUCAUUUGAUAAAGAAGACACUGAGGUUUCUCGAAACGCACCUUAUGCAACAGACAAUAUGAAGAAUCACGACAAGCCGGAAGACUGGAAAGAAACAAGCAAGCAAGAUGAACAAAUGGAGAUGACCCUAAACUUAAUGAAAACGACGGACGAGUUAAGAGCAGCCAAACGCAAGGAAGUGGAGAAUCGCAUCAGACAGCACACACAAAUGAUGAAAGAAAGAAGGAAAAAGUUAACAGGGAUCCCUCAAGAAGAUAUGGAGAGAGCAAAACAAGACUAUGAGAUUGCUGAAAACCUAGAACAGCAGCUAGCAAAUCUGAAAAGAGACCUGAACCAGGAAUAUCGUUUCACUGCCUUUACAGGAGAAGCGCAACCACCAGAGAAUCCACUGCCUAUCAACAAGCCUCCAAAUAUCUUUUCUAACACGACAUUUUAAAUUAUAUUAAAGAGAAUUUGUCAUGCAGCAGCCACCUACACCAGUUUGCUUUGCAGUUGAUCUGCUUUUAACCAGGCUUUCAAAUUUGUCCUUUUCUCCUUUGUUCUUGUUUGUUUUGCUUUGGAACGUAAAAAUUGGAAUCUUUCACACUCAUCACCCUCCCCGUUACAAUAUGUGCCUACAAGGUUUUGAAGUGCCUUCCGUUACUGCAUGGUUUUAAUGCCGAUUGUUGUUAAUAUUACCUUCCUGGAACCCUGCUUCCGAGAUGAGCCUCGUAGAUAUUUGUCGUAAUUCUCAAUCUCUUUUAAGAUCCAGUGGAGCAGAAUUGCAGGAUAUCCUACAAUUCUAAUGUAGUGGGCCUCUCUAAUUAAAGAAAAAGUUCACACCUUCUAAAUGAAGAGUUUAAAAAAAACCCAGUGAUUGGUAAUAUCCUUAAUAAACAUAUUUCCAGCUGUAGAGAGUGGAAGGUUAUCAGAUUGGCAUUCAACCUCCUGGAGGUUUUAAAGAGCAGCAAGUGACUCACCUGGCCGCUCUUCUGUGCCUCCUUAGGCAGAUCAGUUUUGUAACUCAUCAUUAAAGCCAUCAUGUUUUA